AUGGCAAUUUAUCCUCUAAAUAAAUCGAUGCGCUUCCAAAAAGAAUUAAGAGAGCAUAAUAGACAUAAAAAACAAUUUAUUGAGAAUAAUAACACACUUAAUUGUAGAAGUGUAAAUUACAAAGCAGAAUUUAAUUUCCGUGUAUUAUCUGCUAUGGUAAUGGGCUACCAUUUUUGCAAGACUUUGGACUUCCUUGGUCACAUAUGCUAUUUAACUGUCAUGAUAAAAGCUAGAAAGAUAAAUGCACGAGUGUCAUUGGAAAAAUUAGUACCAAGUAGCUUAAAAAUUAAGAUAAUAAUCUGUAAUAUUACACGCUCUAGCUUUUUGGCUGAGAACGUAAUACACUUGCACUGUCUUAGUAGUGAGAUGUGA